CGCAACUGUUUAAAAUUCUCCCCGAAUCGCAGUUGGCACUCAGGAAUAGGAAGAAUCUUGCCACCAUAAGACGAACCUGGCAUGUUCCACAUAUUUCGUUUCGCUUUUAAAGCGCACAUUCGUCCCGAUUAGGUUCUGAUUUGAUCGCCGGAUAAUCGGUAGAAUGGCUGCGGAAGCGGCGGAAGGGAGCGCAGAGUUGAAAAGAGGGGCGAUCGUGGUUGGAAUUGAUGACAGCGAGCACAGUUUCUACGCGCUUCAAUGGAUCCUCCGCCGCUUCUUUUUCGGCGGGAGCAAUGUUUCCCCACUUGGCGCUGAUUAUAAGCUAAUCGUCAUCCAUGCCAAACCCCUCCCUAGCUCGGUAAUCGGUAUAGGAGGGCCAGGAGUUGCUGAUGUCCUUCCUUAUGUAGAGCUAGAUUUGAAGAGAAUUGCUACUGAGGUGAUUGAGAAGGCUAGAAAGCUUUGUGUUGCUAACUUGGUAAGAGAUGUUAUAUUUGAAGUGGCGGAAGGAGACGCAAGGAAUAUUCUCUGUGAUGCUGUGGAAAAGUUUAAUGCAGAUGUGCUUGUUGUUGGCAGCCAUGGCUACGGAGCAAUAAAAAG